AUGGCCCCGGAAGAGAAGAAAAGACUGUCGACGGUGCGCAACAUCGGCAUCGCAGCUCAUAUCGAUUCCGGCAAGACAACCGUUACGGAACGAGUCUUAUUUUAUACCGGGCGAAUCAAGGCAAUUCAUGAAGUUCGAGGCAAGGAUUCGGUCGGUGCGAAAAUGGACUCUAUGGAUCUGGAAAGAGAAAAGGGCAUCACCAUCCAAUCUGCCGCUACCUUCUGCGACUGGCAAAAGACCGUGGACGACAAGGACGAAACAUAUCACAUCAACCUGAUCGAUACUCCUGGCCACAUAGACUUCACCAUCGAAGUCGAACGUGCGCUACGAGUUCUUGAUGGUGCUUGCAUGAUACUAUGCGCCGUCAGCGGAGUUCAGUCGCAAACGAUCACUGUCGACCGUCAAAUGAAGCGAUACAACGUGCCGAGGAUUUCUUUCGUCAACAAGAUGGAUCGCAUGGGCGCCAACCCAUGGAAAGCUGUCGAACAGAUCAACACAAAGCUGAAAAUUCCGGCAGCGGCUAUCCAGAUACCCAUCGGUGCGGAGGAUGAAUUCCAAGGCGUGGUCGACUUGAUCGAGAUGCGCGCGUUGUACUUCGAAGGACCUCGCGGCACGAAGAUUCGCGUUUCAGACCAAAUACCUACUAACCUCAAAUCAAUGGCAGAUGAGAAGCGGCAACUUCUGAUUGAGAAGCUAGCCGAUGUUGAUGACGAAAUGGCAGAGCUCUUCCUAGACGAGCAAGACCCCAGCAAAGACCAAAUCAAGGCCGCCAUUCGCCGGGCCACCAUAGAUCGCAAAUUCACCCCAGUUCUAAUGGGGUCUGCGCUCGCGGAUAAGGGUGUACAGCCAAUGCUUGACGCUGUCUGCGACUACUUGCCAUACCCUUCUCAGACAGAGAAUAUGGCUUUGGAUAAAUCAAAGGGGGAGAAGGCCGUCAAAUUGGUGCCAUACAAUUCACUGCCGUUUGUUGGCUUGGCCUUCAAGCUUGAGGAGAACAACUAUGGACAGCUUACAUAUAUCCGCGUCUACCAGGGCACACUGACAAAGGGCUCAUAUCUGUUCAACUCGAGGACCGACAAAAAGGUUCGCAUCCCACGUAUCGUGCGGAUGCAUUCCAACGAGAUGGAGGAUGUUUCUGAGGUUGGCGCGGGAGAGAUCUGCGCUGUCUUUGGUGUAGAGUGUGCUUCUGGCGACACUUUCACUGAUGGCGGUCUUCCCUACACCAUGUCUUCCAUGUUCGUCCCCGACGCUGUCAUGUCGCUCUCCAUCACGCCGAAACGCAGUGGCGACGCCGACAACUUUAGUAAAGCUAUGAAUCGCUUUCAGCGCGAAGACCCAACAUUUCGCGUCCAUGUCGACCCUGAGAGUGAGGAGACAAUCAUCUCAGGCAUGGGAGAGUUGCAUCUUGAAGUCUACAUUGAGCGCCUUCGUCGAGAAUACAAGACAGAAGUGGUUACAGGUCAGCCUCGUGUGGCUUACCGGGAGACCAUCCAGCGCCGCGCUGACUUCGAUUAUCUGCUCCGCAGGCAGACUGGCGGACCUGGCGACUUUGCUCGUGUUGCCGGGUGGAUUGAGCCCAACGACCAGCCCGACACAAACCAUUACGAGAGUCAAGUCAUUGGUGGCGCCAUUCCCGACAAGUACUUGAGUGCCUGUGCCAAGGGUUUCGACAUCGCCACCGACAAAGGGCCUCUCUUGGGACAUCGAGUCAUCGGUUCGAAGAUGGUGAUCAACGAUGGUGCCACCCACGUCACGGACUCAUCUGACUACGCCUUCAAUCUUGCCACACAGAUGGCCUUCCGCAAGGCUUUCACGGAAGCAGGAGGCGCCGUUCUCGAACCCCUAAUGAAGACGGUUAUCACUGCACCCAAUGAGUUUCAAGGCAACAUCCUGAUGCUCAUGAAUAAGCGUAAUGCUACUAUUCAUGACACAGAGAUUGGCUCCGAGGACUUUACUUUGACUUGCGACUGCAGUCUCAACGCAAUGUUCGGGUUCAGUUCUCAGCUUCGCGCUGCCACCCAAGGCAAAGGAGAGUUCAGCAUGGAAUUCAGCCAUUAUGCCGCUGCACCACCCCAUCUCCAGAAGGAAUUGGUUGCGAAGCAUGAGGCUGAGCUCGAGGCCAAACGUACAAAAUAG